AUGGCGUCUCAGUAUGACCGGGCAAUUACUGUCUUCUCCCCGGACGGACACCUACUCCAAGUGGAAUAUGCCCAGGAAGCGGUAAAGAAAGGAUCCACCGUGGUUGGAAUUCGAGGUGCUGAUAUAGUUGUGCUUGGGGUCGAAAAAAAAUCUGUUGCGAAGCUUCAAGAUGAAAGAAUUGUGAGGAAAAUUUGUGCCCUUGAUGACCAUGUCUGCAUGGCUUUUGCUGUAUCGACUACUUUUAUAGGACUGACUGCUGAUGCAAGAGUAGUAAUAAGCAGAGCUCGUGUGGAGUGCCAGAGUCAUAAGCUUACAGUUGAGGACCCAGUCACUGUAGAAUAUAUAACUCGCUUCAUAGCAACCUUAAAGCAGAAAUAUACUCAAAGCAAUGGACGAAGACCUUUUGGUAUUUCUGCCUUAAUUGUAGGUUUUGACAAUGAUGGUAUCCCAAGAUUAUAUCAGACUGAUCCCUCUGGUACUUAUCAUGCUUGGAAGGCAAAUGCAAUAGGUCGAAGUGCUAAAACUGUCCGAGAAUUUCUAGAAAAGAAUUACACAGAAGAUGCUAUAGCAAACGACAGUGAAGCUAUCAAAUUAGCAAUAAGAGCUUUGCUGGAAGUUGUCCAAUCUGGUGGAAAAAACAUUGAACUUGCUAUAAUAGGAAGAAAGCAACCUUUGAAGAUGUUUAGUGCCAAAGAAAUUGAAUUACAAGUAAAUGAAACAGGAAAGAAAAAGGAAGAAGCAAAGAAGAAAAAAUCAAAGAAGACUGCCUAAUUCUUAGGAUAAACCCUGGGAGCUUUUAAUAUUUUGUUG